UUCCUCCGGAGCGCCGAUCUGGUCAAGGACUACGGAAUCACCACCGGCAACGUCCUCCACUUGGUCCUCAAGCUCUCCGAACUCCUCCUCAUCACCGUCCGCACCACCUGCGGCAAGGAAUUCGAAUUCCGCGUCGACCGGUACCGAAACUUCGGAUACCUAAAACACCGCAUCUUCCAAGAGGGCAAGGGUUUCGUCGACGUCGACGAGCAGGAAAUUUUCUACAACGGUCAGAGGCUCGAUGACCAGCGCCUCAUCGACGAGAUCCGCGACACCAGAGCCGCAGACGCCGCUGCGGUUCACCUCCUCGUCCAGAAAACCGCCAAGGUCAGAGCCCAGCCGCUGAACAGAGAUUUCGAGAUCUCCGUCGCCGCCGCAACAAACCCUAAUCAAAAUCAGAAGCAGAACCAGAAGCAGAAUCAGGAGUCGUCAAUUGAGGCGCCAAAUCAGGAGCAAGCUGGUAGGGAUUUCUGGCUAGAACCCGUGAUCGUAAACCCUAGCGUGAGAUUAGAUUCAGCGAUUUGGAACAUGGUGAAUUCAACCUUCGUCGGGUUGGAAAUGGGUCACCCGCCAAUCCGUUCGUCGGAAGGAACAGGGGGGACUUAUUUCAUGAGGAACCCAUCAGGGCAAGGGUUCGUAUCCGUGUUCAAGCCCAGCGACGAGGAGCCUAAUGCGGUGAACAACCCGCAGGGACUGCCGGUGUCGACCAACAGGGAAGGGUUGAAAAGAGGAACAAGGGUAGGGAAAGGUGCGAUUAGAGAAGUUGCCGCUUACAUAUUGGAUCAUCCCAUUGACGGACCGAGGGGUCUGAACAAUGAAGUGAUGGGGUUUGCAGGUGUGCCGCCCACCAUUGUUGUUCAGUGUUUGCACCAAGGGUUCCAUCAUCCUGAAGGGUUCGAGUACUCUGCCAAGAAUGUGAAGAUGUGGUGGUGGUUGUAA